UCAAUUUAAAAAAAAUACUGGAGUAAUCUGUACGACAUCCAGUUAUCUUAUGCGGAAAAAGAUAAGCAAUUACAUCUGAAGGACCUACCUAUUAGGGACGUGCAGGGCAGUGAUUUAUCAAAUCACUACCUAUAAUCAGAUAGAGCUCUCAUAAUAAUAUAUGAAAAGUAUUGGUUACUGACCAUAUAGCGAUGUUCAGACUUCUUGGACAUUCCCAAGGAUUCACAGAUAUAAAUUUUAUGGAGUAAUUUCAAUGACUACUAUAAUGAAACAUCCAAGAACUUAUAUUGACCGAAUUACUGGGAGUUUGUUUUAAUUUUGCAAUUGUGAAAAGAAUAAAACAAUCUGAAGUUAUGGCUAUUCCAUUUUUUUAUUGUUUUUUUUUUCAUUUUUGUUUAUUUUCUCUGCUGAUUUUUAUAUUAUUAAUAGGAUUUACAUUUACAAUAACUUGUUGAAUAUCAACAGAUUUUUCUAAGGACCUUGAAUAAUUCAAUAAAAUCCGUGAAACUGAAGAGCUAGGUUUUUUGUCACAAAAAUUAUUCGCUUUGCUGCUGAAGUAUGUAUUAUUCAUGAAUCGCAUUGAUCCUUAAAUUAGAAAUAGAACGAAACCCGUUGAAAUGAUUUAUGACGUCAUAUUGCAACCAUUUUCUCGUAUUAAGCUUAUCAUGAAAUAAUUGUCAGACAAAUCAUUCGUUAACUGGCCGGAUUUCUAACAUGACCCACACAUUUCCAGAGCUUUGCCUGUUUCUUCUUAGAAUAUUCGGUUUCAAUCCUUAUAAAACAGGAAAAUUUGAGUCUUUACGAAGGAUGUGGACCGGAAUAUUUUUCUUUUUGGUGAUCACGCUUUUUCUGUUGGAAUUAUUUUUCAAUUUUAAAGGGGUGAAAACCGUAUCUAGAGCAAUUGAAAUAGGACCAGUAUUAUUUUUGGUAAGAAAUAAAAAUAGUAUAACAAAUUUAAUGUAGGCUAUUCAAUUUUUUUAUUCAACCUGCAAUUCGUAAAUUUUUUUACAAUCUUCCUUGAUCAAUAACGUACCUAUUUACUGAUUUUCUUCAGACAAUCCUGAAACUGUUAUACUUAGUGACGAAACACGAAAACGUACAAGAGAUGUUUGAACAAACUAAAGUUUCUCUUGCUUCAACCUUUGAUGAAACAACGAAAGCAAUUGGUUUUAAAUCUUUGGAAAGUUGGAAAAAAUGGUUCGAAAUUUUCAUAGUCCUAAACAUUGUGGUGACCGUCCAGGUGGCAUUAGAGAGUAUGAUGGAAAGAAAACCUUUCAUUAUGUCCUACAUGGAAAACGAGAACGCAGACGACUUGGUUUACUGCGUUCUUAUCAUCGCCAUAAAUUUGAUCUUCAUGAUAUCCACUAUAACGACAGUCUUGGGAUACGAAAGUUCCUUCAUUUAUUUCAUUGCUUAUUCGGUUUCAGAAAUGAGGAUGAUCAAACUGGCAUUGCUGAAUUGUCAAUUGAUCACUAGAAAAGAUCGAAUCCAAUUUGGACAUAUCUUGAAUCAGCACGUUCAUGUUUUGAACUUUUUACAAAUUGUAAACAGCAGUUAUUCCUUCAUACUUUUGUGUCAGUAUUUGACCAGUUUGGUGGCAGUAUGUUUUGCUCUUUUCCUCAUGACCUUAGACGGGAUGCCGCCCGACAUCGAUCAUAUUACAAGAUAUGGUAACUUAUCUGUAACGUAUCUUUUGCAAUUGGCUAUAUUAUGUAUAGCAGGAGACAUCUUGACAGAUGAGUGUUCUGGACUUGGAGAUAUAAUGUUUCAUAAAGAUUGGGAUGACAUAUCUAUUCAUGAAAAUGCCAUGGCAGUUGAAAUGAUCAUUAGAAAAACUCAGAAAUCCACUGCUUUGUCUAUUGGUGGAUUCACCAAACUAAGCUUGGAAAGCUUUGGCGAAGUGUUGAAGAGUGCAAUGUCUUUCUUGACAUUCAUGCAAGCUGUUUACAAAGAAAAAAGUGAAAAUUAGAUGAACCCAACAAAAGUUUCAAAAUGAAAAAGAGUUCUCAAUAUUAGAGCACUCUUAUUUGAAAGGGGAAUAUAUAAGUUUAAUGUAAUUAUACAAAUUUCACCGCACUGGAAAAUAUAAAGUUAAUGCAAUGAAAUUGAAAAUAAACAAUUACAGCAAGGUUUUCUCACUGAUUUCUUGAAAUUUAUUCUGUUCGCAAACCCAAAAAUGUUCACAUAUAUCUCUAAAACUGUUUGAUGUUGAGGAAAUACGAAUCGAUAUCGUCACUGCUCUGCGCAUCCACCAAAAUCGAGUUUUAUCAAUUUGUCAGCGCAUCCACAAAAAAAUCUUGUCAAGCAAUAGAAUAUUGUAAAGACGAAACCAGCUAAUUUUUUGUUUGUUUCUUAGAGGUGAAGUCGUAAUUUGAUGAAAACAACGAAUAUUGGUGGUCUUAUAUCAAUUAGAAUGGUCUGAAUUGUCUUCUUAUUUCAUUUUCCUUCAUU